AUGGAGCUCCCGAUCACAGACGCCCUCGCGAACCACCCGUACUUCCGGCAGUGCCUUGCUCUGACCGAGUCGCGCGAGAACAAGAGCGUCGCCGGCCCCGAUGUCCUCGUCGAGGCGGGCGAGCUCAUGGAGGCCGUCGACAAGGACAGCAACGCGACCGCGCAGCAGAAGAGGGACGCGAAGGCGCUCCUCAACUUUGUCGCUCCCAACAAGAACUGGGACGAGGACACUGUGUCCAAGUACUUCCAAACGGCGAUUCUGCGGUACUACGACCGACGCACGAGCGACCAAAAGUCGUUCGAGGAGGCCAUCAUCCGGUUCACGGAGAUGGUGGGGCGGCAGCACCCCUCGACGUCGGCGGUGGCGGGCGCGAUGGGCGCGGGCGCGCGCGCAGCCGCCGCAACAGUGAAGAACGAGACGCCCGAGGAGGCCGAGAAGCGCAAGGCGAAGAACAAGAAGAAGGCGCUGCAGAAGAAGAACAAGGCGAAGGAGCGCAAGGAGCUCGGAUUGCCGCCCAAGGUCAAGGAGCCGAGGGAGGACCCGAAGCUUUAUGAUGAUAUUGACUAG